UUUCAAUCUCAUUCUCACUGAAAAGGCUGCUUAGUGGAGAGUGUGAAGCGUCGCGAAAGAAACAACCACCACCAUCGACAAUGGCGGACAACGGAGGAGAGCGGACACCAAACUUGUUCGAAGACAUCUUGUUCGAUGACUGGGAAGACGCCAUGCUCGACCAGUUAUUCGCAGCCGAAGAGCUUGCCCUCUCUUCAAUCCCCAAGCCACCAUCAACAACCUCAAAAAACCCUUCCUCCUCCAUCUCUCACCACCACCACCAACCGCCUCCUUCGCUCGCCGUUUCAACUCUCGACACCACCGCCUUCUCGCCCCCUCGAGAACUCUCUCAGAGACUCACCCAUUUCGACGCUCCUCGUUAUUCUCCGCCUCGCCCCCAGAAACCCGAUUCCGAUAAAGAACUCGAAAUCGAACUGUUAAAGAAGGAGCUGGGGCGUGCGUCGAAGCAGAUUGCAAAUCUGGAACAGGAGUGUCUCAACUUAAAGAGAGAAAAAGACAAGAAAGAGGAGCAGCUCAAAAUUGUAUCUUCCAAGAACGAGGAAGCAAACGCUUGUGCUAAAUGUUCAGGAAGUAGAGACAAGGAUUUUGGAACUCUUGCUCCUGACCAUCAUAACACCUCUUCAAAAGUUCAAAAUGGAGUAUCAUCAAUUGAUCCAAUUGUUGAGACAACUGUUAAAGUUAACAGAGUUAAUACAGAAAUGGUUAGUCAUCGAGAAGCUCAAGAUUUUCGAAAUAAUGAUGUGCCUUCUUAUCUUGACCUAUCCCAGCAGUUGCUGGCAGUGUGGGGAUCUUCAACUGACAAAAAGCUAGGAAGUGGCGCAAUAUCCAAGUUGCUCAUGCGUCUGCCUUCUGAAAUAACACAAAAAUUACUUACAGAUAUAAACUCUUCUGGAGUAUCUUUGUAUGAUGUUAAGGAUUGUACUCCAGAAGCGGAAAAGGUGUCCCGUCUGUACCUUGCACUGACAAAGAUAGCUGAUGGAAAAGAUAUUUUGGAAACUUUGAUAGAACCUUUGCUUGAUCUAUGUGAUGUGGAAAAUGUUGUUGUUGUCCGUACCUCUCUAUGUAUAAUGCAUACUCUUCUAAAGCUCUUACUGGAAUUGGAAACGAAUUUUGGAAGAAGGGACAAUGUCUUCAUUGAAGGAAUUUGCGACGAAAAGGACCUUAUGGAUUCUGGUGGAUUGGAAGGUCUAAAAGAUGGAAAGUUCUUCAAUGAAGAAAUACAUAGAAAGGAGUGCUGGAGUCAUCAUAAUGCCUUACAAUCUGAAAUAAAUUGGCCGUACCUUUUUGAGACAAUGCAUCAAAUUGCCAUGAAGAUCACAGAAGAAAGUGUGAGAGUGGAGGUAGCGUCCAUUAUGAAGCUACUUCUUCUGAGGAGUAAUGCUUACUUUGAGAGGGAUCAGUUCAGCCAGAAAAUAGUUUUUAAAACUAUUUCUGAAUUUCUUAAGGAGGAUGCUGGGCUGCGUGUGAGAAAUCACGCUCUAAGACUUCUGUAUCUUGUACUAAAUUGUCCAAAACUCUUGGCUCGAUUCUGCUGUGGUUGCAAAGAGGGGGAUGAUAGUGUUGCUACGGAGGAGAGUUCAACUUCUUCAGAUUUCCAAAAUUAUAAAAUCAUCCUCCAACGAUUGGCUGAAUGUGUGGUAUCCGCGGGUGGCGGUUUACGGGAGUUGAAAAUAAGCAGAAAUGCUAUUCUUGUGCUGGCAUUCCUCGCAUCAUCUGGAAAACCUGGUUUUGAAAUACUCGUUGGUCAUAAGCUAGCAGAGGAGGAAAACUAUCUCAUGUUGAUUUUGCAAUUACUGGUAUCAGAGAUGAACUUUGAAGCUGAGGCACACGAUGAGCUACCAGAAAUUUUUAGGGAGAGGUCAUUUCUGAUACGGGAGAUAUUGAUAUUACUCAACAGACUAGUGUCUAGUCCUUCAUAUUCUGCUACUGUCUUGCGCGGUCUAACCAACGGUAGGGAUAUGACUGGUUGGACAGUUGAUGCUGCAACUAGAUUAUCUCGGAAAGGAAAUGAAAAUAAGCAGCAGGACAGCAUGGUGAAGCAUAUCAGAACUGAAAUCGUUGACCUUGCUCGAUUGUUCAAGAAAAGGGUAUUCACAUAUCUAGGAGAUGAAUGGUUAUGAGGCCUCCUGCUUCUUUGGUAAAGUUUCUUAUGUAUAGAUAUGUCUAUGCAUGUAUCAUUCGGCUCAGUUAGGAACUAGUACAGGCAUGGUGCAAAGCGGAUAGGCUGCAAGCAAUGGCAUGCUAGUCUUUUGGAGGACUACCAUAGCUUGAAAUUUUGGCAAGUUUCAGCAGUUGAGCAAGGCGGAGGAAAUUUUGAUCGGCAUGAAAAGUGUAUCUCCUCUGUAAAAUUUUGUAUACUUGGACAACUUCAUUUAGUGCUUGACACUUAUCUUUUAGAAUGUGGCCAUUUAGCAAUGCAUGGUCUUAGUAAAUAACAGUGAUGUACCAUUUUUUCUAAAUGCCAGGCCUCUUCCUUUUAUUGGGUUGAA